UCGUUAAGAUUUGGACGUCCAUUUUCCGGUUUUCUUUGAAUUGUUGAUGACCCUUCUUCUUCUUCUUCUUCCUUCCAUCAUCAAAUCGUAAGAACACAUCCCUUAAUUACGCACAGGAAAUUAAGGGAUAAUUAAUUAAUUAAUAUAUAAUGGCGUACCGGAGGAGACAAGGUGGGAUGUCAAGAUCAUCCACCUUCAAGGAGGAAAAGAAACCCCCACCCGAUGAAGGAGAAUGGGCCGCCACCUCCUCUCUCGCCGCUCAGGCCAUCGCCGCCUCCACCGCGCACCGUCACUCCACGGGAGGUCCUACGUAUGACUACACGGCAAUGGGAAGCUCGAACGAAACAGGGACGAGUUUUUGGGGAGUUCUUGCUAGAAAAGCUAAGGCCAUUCUCGAGGAUGAUAACAUUAACUCACACCCUGAUCUUCUUCAUUCCCAUAAGAGACUAGACUCACCCAAGGCUCAUAAUCAGAUUCAACAUUCUAAGAAACUAGACACUCCUAUUGCUACUCCUACUUCUACUCCCGCCACGCUUGCUUCUUCCAUGCGGGGCAAAACCUUGGAGGAAGGAGUUACAGGUGCGGAGAAGAAGCAUGAAACUCGCAAAAUACAGAUAGUUAGAAAAGGAAGCAAUCAAGGACACGAGGUGAGUGGAGAACACGGGAAAUCAACAGCAGUUCCACCUAAGAAUCCUACCACCCAAGAAGAUCAGCUCAAGGCAUCUCGCGACGUGGCCAUGGCGACAGCUGCUAAAGCAAAGCUACUGCUGCGAGAGCUGAAAACAAUUAAAGCCGACCUGGCCUUUGCAAAGCAGCGGUGCUCUCAGUUAGAAGAAGAGAACAAGAUCCUCAGAGACGUUCGUGACAAUAAGUGCGGCGCUAGUCCUGCUCACCACGACGACGACAUGAUUCGGAAUCAGCUGGAGACGCUUCUGGCGGAGAAGGCCCGUUUGGCUCACGAGAACUCGGUGUACGCGCGGGAGAAUCGGGUGUUGAGAGAGAUUGUGGAAUACCACCAACUGACGACGCAGGAUGUGAUCUACGUGGAUGAGGGUAGCGAUGAGGUUGCAGAAGUUCAUCCCAUCUUCUACUCUGCUUCGAUGCCGGACUCCCCCACCUCUCCACCUGAAUACGCUAUCUCUCUCUUCAGAAGCGCUUCCGCCACCGCCCAACUCCGAUUUGAAUAAAUUUCAUUGCUUUAAUUCAUUUGCCAUUUCUGUUUUUCAUUGAUUAAUGGAGACACUCUCAUCUCAUUCAAAACAUUCUUUCUUCAUCAUCAAUUUGCAUAUCCAAAGGUGAUCAUAUUCAUAUA